CGCGGAAGCUGGUCAGCGACCCCGAAAGGACCGGGUGAGGUGGUGCGGGGGUGCGAGGGAGCCUCGGCUCGGGAUGUGUUCUGCGCUGUUCGGUCUGUGAGAUACAGCUGCCUGUAAGAAGACGAAUCUCAAAGUUGUAUAAAAUACACAUACUUUGAUAAUAAAUGUGUAUUGACUUUGACUUUAUGCCCGUUGUUCUCAAGGAUGGGCUUGUGUGGUGAUGAUGGGGUUAUUGAAACCUAGUAAACAGCAUUGGAAUGGGAAAGAAGAAGGAAAGACUGAGUUCUACUCAGGAUGAUGAGGCAUCUGAUAAUCAUGUGCCUCAAUGUACUCACUUUCCUAAGGGAUUGAACCAACGCAUGGUUAAGAAAGUUUUUGACCGGGAUUGGUGCAAUGCUUGUGAUGUCUGCAAAGCUGAGGACAAAACCGAGAGCAAAUGUGAGGAAACUGAUGAAACGCUAACCAUCUGGUUAUGCUUAAAAUGUGGGCAUAAGGGUUGUGGGAGGUAUUCAGAAGGACAACAUGCUGUUAAGCACUACAAGGGGCCACAUUCAGAUGCACAUUAUGUGGCUCUUUGUUUGGACAACUGGAGCGUAUGGUGCUAUUUGUGUGAUAAUGCAGUACAUUACGAAGCCAUGGACCAGUUAGGACAACUUGUGAGCCUUGUCAAAAAAAUGGUUGCUGGUAAAUCCACUAAAGAAGCUACAUCCCCUCUGUCACAUGAAAAUGAUAAUGAUAAGGGAAGACAAGACAAUGAAACAGAUGCUGAGAAAGAAAGCAGUUGGGAAGAGAAGAAACAGCAAAUAUCAGUGAAAGGACUUAGCAAUCUUGGGAAUACAUGUUUUUUCAAUGCUGUCAUACAGAUCUUGUCACAGACCUAUGUGCUGGAUGAGAUGAUUCGUGGAACAAAAAUCAAUGGAACUACAUUGACAAUUAUAACUCGUGAUUCUUCAGACCUGGAACCUCUAAAGAUACACACUGAUCAACUAGGUCCACUGUCAUCUGCAAUGCAUCAAUUUCUUCUUGCUAUUCAACACACCAGAGAGAGUGUUGUUACUCCAAAGGAGCUGUUCACUCAAGUCUGUAAAAAGGCCGUGCGCUUUAAAGGGUUUCAACAGCAAGAUAGCCAGGAGUUACUUCAUUAUUUAUUAGAUGGAAUGAGAACCGAGGAGAUCAAACGAUUUGGUGCUGCCAUUUUAAAAGCCUUAAAUUAUCCUUCAGAGAAGAGGGAAGAUGAAGAAUCCAGGAAAAUCAGGAAAGUAUAUGAAAAUGAGGCUUCCAUGCUGAAUUUUGUUGACCAGGUUUUUGGUGGGACUUUGACAAAUACAAUCAUGUGUGAGGAGUGUAAAGUGGUUACAUUAGUGAAAGAAACCUUUUUAGACUUGUCACUACCUGUUUUGGAUGAUCAGGGUGACAAGAAGAAAUCCCAGAGAAAGGGUGGAAGAAACACUACUGAGAAUGAUGAAGAUGAAAAUCUUGGUCAUUGUAAUGGAAAUUUUAUCUCUAAGGACAGAAAUGAAAUUUCAACUGUCCCAAGCAAAUAUGAACAGAAGAAGGCAAAGAAACAAGCUAAAAAGCAAGCCAAACACCAUCGCCGACAGCAGAAAUCCCAAGCGAAAACACUUAGUUUAGAGGAUUCCGCUGUCAAAUGUUCUUUGGAUGAAGAUCAGAGAGGAAAACAUGAUGCCUCUGCAGAAGGCAGUGAGGACCUAGACUCAAAUGGCAUUGAAGCAGAGGCCUCUGCAGAACCAGAUAAAUGUAACAGCUUAUCAACUGACCAUUGUCUUGGGACCACAGCAAAAGAAACUAUGGCAGUUAAUGGUCAAGAAGUGAGCCAAGAAAAUCUAGAUGUUGAAGAGGACAGCAAAUCUGCUGAAACUGAACAAAAAGAAAGGUACUCUGAUUCCCAUAAUUCCAAGGACUCUGACACUUCAGAUACAUUAGAGUCAAACAGAAUUUCAGAGGACCUAGUUAGUGCAUCCAGUGAAGAUGAAGAAACGGUUAUCAAUAAUAUGAAUAAACUGAAUCUCGAUGAGUCCGCGACAAAUCAUGAUGAAAUAACUUCAAAUCAAGUGGAGUGUGAGAGUGAUUCUGGAACUCCAAAUGAUCAACUCUCUUCCAUUAAAAAUGGUCGGACAUUGUUCUUGGAUCAGGAGAAAGCAUUUUGCACACCUACAAACAGAAAGCUGCUCAGUGGAAAAGACUGCUCUGUUGAGGCUUGUUUACAGCAGUUCACUCAGAUAGAAAAUCUCACUGGAGCAAAUAAACUACUUUGUGAAGAAUGUACCCGAAGACAGUACAAAAGUGGAAUAAAGAGCAAGGCAAAUGAUGACAAGUGUGUGUACAGGAAUGCCAAGAAACAAAUACUUAUUUCGUCAUUUCCCCCAAUUCUUAUACUUCAUUUGAAAAGGUUUCAUCAGCUGGGGUUCAAUCUUCGUAAAAUAAACAAGCAUAUCCAUUUUCCACAAGUUCUUGACCUUACUCCAUUCUGUGCAGUGAGCUGCAAGAAUGUUGAAGGCUAUACAAAUAUAUCAUACAGUCUCUAUGGAGUUGUGGAACACAGUGGCACAAUGAGAUCUGGGCAUUAUACGGCUUAUGUCAAGGUGCGAGCUCCCAGAAAACACCUUUCUGAAUAUGCGCUCAGUCGACAUAAAGCGCCAAUUAUCAAUGCAGAGGCACCAAGGGGAAGGUGGUUCCACGUAAGUGACACCCAUGUGAAAGCAGUGCCAGAGUCUGAAGUAAUGAAUGCGCAGGCCUACCUCCUGUUCUAUGAGAGGAUCUUUUAAUUUUUGCUGAUUAAAUGAGUUAUUGAUCACUUUCAUCUGUACCAGAAUGGUCUACUUUUGUUUCUGAGGGAAGAAAAAAUGGAAUCUAUGCAACAUUUAUCAAAUGAAAACAUUGACUGUGACGAGCACCAAAAAUGUUAUCUGUAUGAUCUGUAAAUUAGUCUUUCUAAACCACUAAGAUUACCAUGUAUUUUCCUACAUAUUAAACAUUGAUUUUUUUAAAAAAGUAAGCAGUGAUACUUUGGGAGAAUAAAAUUGAUUCCUUUUAAUAGCAAAAUAAAUUUCAGCAUCCUUUAAUCUGAGUAACUUUGAAACAUUCAUUGAUGUAUCCUUUUACAUGUAAAAUGAGUUGGGAGAAUAUGCAGGUUUUAAUUAGGUUCAAUUUUAAUGGAGAAUGCUUCGCAGUUCCACUCAUUUACAUGUAAAAUGAAGAUGGGUAUUGAUCAGAUCUGUUAGCUUUUUCCAUUCACUGAGGAUCAACAACUUUGAGAUACCUUUAUUAAGUGAUUUGUUUCAUAUGUAUGACGUGCUGAAUUUCAAUGUUGUAAGCUUUGUCUCAGGAAAUUGCAAUCAAUAAAAUUUAAUUCUUGUCGUACAUUGUUUUUUUCAUAAACAUUGCUUCACACCCACAGACUUAAUUAAUCAAGCCUCCCCUCUGAAUUGUAUUCAAUACUUAGCCUUAACUGACAUGAGUGGUCCAUAUCCCACUGUCUUUGUUUCAAGCUUUUUAACAUCAACAUCUUUACAAUACACUCAUAUUACUUAACAUUGAGGAUAUGUUCCUUGGAGGUGGAGCGCUAUUGCUGAGGAGAUUGCUGAGCCUCUGGCAAUGAUAUUUGCAUCAUCAAUGGGGACAGGAGAGGUUCCAGAUUGGAGGGUUGCAGAUGUUGCUCCCUUAUUCAAGAAAGGGAGUAGAGAUAGCCUAGGAAAUUAUAGACCAGUGAGUCUUACUUCAGUGGUUGGUAAGUUAAUGAAGAGCCUGAGAGGCAGGAUUUUUGAACAUUUGGAGAGGCAUAAUAUGAUUAGGAAUAGUCAGCAUGGCUUUGUCAAAGGCAGAUUGUGCCUUAUGAGCCUGAUUGAAUUUUUUGAGGAUGUGACUAAACACAUGGAUGAAGAAAGAGUGGUAGAUGUAGUGUAUAUAGAUUUCAGCAAGGCAUUUGAUAAGGUACCCCAUGCAAGGCUUAUUGCGAAAGUAAGGAGGCAUAGGAUCCAAGGGACAUUGUUUUGUGGAUCCAGAACUAGCUUGCCCACAGAAGGCAAAGAUUGGUUGUAGACAGGUCAUAUUCUGCAUGGAGUGGUGUGCCUCAGGGAUCUGUUCUGGGACCCUUGCUCUUCAUGAUUUUUAUAAAUGACCUGGAUGAGGAAGUGGAGGGAUGGGUUAGUAAGUUUACUGAUGACACAAAGGUUGGGGAUGUUGUGGAUAGUGUGGAGGGCUGUUAGAAGUUGCAGCGGGACAUUGAUAGGAUGCAAAACUGGGCUGAGAAGUGGCAGAUGGAGUUCAACCCAGAUAAGUGUGAGGUGGUUCAUUUUGGUCGGUCAACUAUAAUGGCAGAAUAUAGCAUUAAUGGUAGGACUCUUGGCAGUGUGGAGGAUCAGAGGGAUCUUGGGGUACAAAUCCAUAGGACACUCAAAGCUGCUGCGCAGGUUGACUUUGUGGUUGAGGUGGCAUACAGUGUAUUGGCCGCCUUCAAUCAUGGAAUUGAAUUUAGGAGCAGAGAGGUAAUGUUGCAGCUAUUUUGGACCCUGGUCAGACCCCCACUUGGAGUACUGUGCUCAGUUCUGGUUGCCUCACUACAGGAAGGAUGUGAAAACCAUAGAAAGGAUGCAGAGGAGAUUUACAAGGAUGUUGCCUGGAUUGGGGAGCAUGCCUUAUGAGAAUAGGUUGAGUGAAGUCAGCCUUUUCUCCUUGGAGUGACAGAGGAUGAGAGGUGACCUGAUAAGAGGCGUAUAAGAUGAUGAGAGGCAUUGAUCGUGUGGAUAGUCAGAGGCUUUUCCCAGGGCUGAAAUGGCUGCCACAAGAGGGCACAGGUUUAAGGUGCUUGGGAGUAGGUACAGAGGAGAUGUCGGGUCGGUUUUUUAUGCAGAGGGUGGUGAGUGCAUGGAAUGGGCUGCUGGCAAUGGUGGUGAAGGUGGAUGCGAUAGGGUCUUUUAAGAGACUUUUGGAUAGGUACAUGGAGCUUAGAAAAACAGAGUGCUAUGGGUAACCCUAAUAAUUUCUAAGGUAGGGACAUGUUCGGCACAACUUCAUGGGCUGAAGGGCCUGUAUUGUGCUGUCAGUUUUCUGUUUCUAUGUAAAUCAGCACUAUGCGGUCAUUAUAAUACAUAAAUGGACACGUGCCCGAUUUAAAAAAAAAUCAAACUGAAGAUAAUGAUAUUUUAUGUGUACACAGUAAUUUGUGAAGUAACAACCAUGCAAAUAGGCCUAACCUGUAUAUCAGUGGAGCAGCAGCGCAGGGAAAUGGGUGGUGGGUUACAUCUUAGAGGAAGGGACCAGGCUGUUGAUCCUCCUCUAACUUUGGCUUCUUCAAGUAGGUGUCAAGAUUUGACUGCCUUUUAAGUUUCCUCUCAUGAAGAAUAGCUCUGCUGAUUCUCAAAGCUCCUCGUUAUUAAGUAUCUCACAACAAGAAUGCAGUAACUCUUCAACUUUGCCAUCAUUAACAUUCUCUAAUCCCACUUCACUGGUCAGUUUAACCAAGUGUGGAUGACUGGUUCUGCCUGAAAUCCUAGAAUGCCAUUCAAUGCUUCUGGCCAUAGCUUCUAUUACAUUCCAUUCAUGCAGUUUGAAGUUAUUUCAGUGUAGGUUGCUCUGAAACGGUUGUCUACAGCUUUCAUGACAUUCGUAGUUUUCCAAAAUUGCCUGAUGGAUUGUUUCUCUUGACAUUUUGUUUCCUCUACAGUUGCUUGAAUGUGCUUUUUAAAGCUAGUAGGCUUUAAAAUUCAAUAUUGCCUUGAUCCAUCGUUUGGAAUGAAGUGGUGGUGGGUGGAAGGUAAACCACUUCUACAGGAGCGCAGGCCUAGAGUUGUCAAGAUUCUCAGGAUGGCCUGGGACAUCAAGCACUAACAAUGCUUUCGGAUCAAGGUCAGGCUUCUGGACAAAAAAAGCGUAACAAACCUAUUUUGGAAAAUACUAAUAGUCACCGACGAAUUCUUGUUUGAUUUCCAAAUCACUGGUAGACUUGAUUUUAAAAUGCUCAUGGUGGUUCAGAGUGAUACACAAUCAAAGGCUUAACUUAAAAGUCACCUUUAGUUAGCAUAGUGUUAACCGGUUCUUUGCAGCCUUGCGCCUUUUCCAUUAUUAUCAGCCAGUUUUGGGGCAUGUUUCAUUGUGUUUGGUCAUCCACCAAUAUAUUUAGUCUAUCUUCCUUUUUUUUCAAGCAAAUGGCUCCCCAAACAAGUCAGCUUCGUUGAUGAUAACUUUGAGGUUGUUUCAUAAGCUUUUAUCGUGUCUGCAUUUUAUUAAUUGUUCUGAUCGUUGAUAUAGCCAAUUUUAAAGCGCCAACAUCAACCUGUCACUCACCAGCUUCCAAACACUGCAUCACUUGCAGCUUCAUAACCAGGCUAAUGCUUUUCCUAGAUAUCUUAGAUGAACAGUACUACCCCCACUGGAAGCUGCAGGCCAUUCUCCAGCCAUGAUGAGUUUUAAAAUAAAGGACUAAAUUAGCAGGGGAGCAAGAGUUAUGUAAAGCACUCUCAUUGGCUGAUUGUUUGCUGUAAUGGCCACUAUUGAAGUUUAGUGAUGUUUAGAAAAUAUUUUUUGUAAUUAAAAAAAUUCAAUGAAGAAUUGAAUAACUGCAUUGUAAUGAAUCAGCACUAUGUGGGGCCUGAGUGUACUACAUCUUACUCCAUUGUUAGGGGUCUG